AUGGACGAAAGCCGAAGACAGAGGACAGGUGCGCGAUUGCUGAUCCUCCAGAGAAGAGACCGGACAGCUGGGUGGUGCCAUUUUAACUGCUCCUGCGCAUGCGCAAACGCACCUACAAGCGGAUCCAAAAUGCACCUGCGGCUUGCUCUUGGAUUUGGUACUUACUUCAGCAGCUUCCACUUUUCUGUACCUUUACUGGCUCGUUCUGCAGGAAUUAUUAUAGCUUCUUCCUCUAAAGUCGAGUACCAAAAUAGAGACAAUCCUUCUGGGGGAGAUGUAAACCAGCACAGACCCUGUGCAGAACAGUUUGCCAAACUCCUGCUACCAGCAGCGAGGGGAAGGGAGGUUGGAGGCUGUGAGCCCCGCGGGCUGCCGCUGCGCCAGCAAUCAGCUCCCGCAUCCCCGCUGCGGGCCCCACGCGCCCGCCAGGUUGAGGACGGUUACAAUGCCCAGGCUCGCGCUCUUUCCCUGCGCCCAGACGCCAACGGUCAUCGGAAACCCCGGACACUUCGCCGGCAGCCGGGUCCUGCGACUUUGGAAACUUCUGGAAGCCGAAUCCCCACCGGAAGGCCCCCCGCCCCGCCAUCGGCUCCCAUGGGCAGCAACGUGAGCACGCCCAGGCCCGCGCAGCCACCCCUCGGCCCAGGGCACCCGAAACCCGGGCCCCCGCCCGCCUCGACCCAGGAUGGCGGGCGCCGCGUCCGCACCGGCCCCCUCCCCCGCACGCCGCCCAACUGGGACCACUCCAGCCCGCGGAGGGUGGUCACCGAGGCCUGGAGGCGCUUUCCUGCCAAGACGCCCCCGGAGACCGUCCUGGGGCCGGACCUCACCAGCGCCUGGGAGAGUUACAUGAAGCGGUGGGUUUGGAGUGCCCGCCACCCGAGACGGACCUGGAGCCCCGUGACCGUCAAGAUCGCGCCGCCUGAGCGCAGGGGGAGCCCCUGGGCGUCUGCGGCGCAGGGGCUCAGCGCCUGCUCUGCGGGGCGUCCGCCCUCCCAGGAGCGCCCGGACCCGUGUGCCAAGGAGACCGUGCUGAGGGCCCUCAGCCAGUGCCCGAAGGGCAACCGGAGGUUUGACGGGCCCCUGUGGUUUGAGAUCCCAGAGGGCGCGAGCCGGAGGCCCAACCCAGAGCCCAGGCCUUCCGCCUUUAAGCCCCUGAUCAGAAAUGGAGAGGUCCCUUCCUUCGUGCCCAGGCCAGGGCCGCUGGUCAGAAGCCUUCACUGCUGGAGCUGCAGUGUGUCGAAGGAGGACACGGACCUCGGGCCCGAUGCCCAGCCCCCACGGUCUGCUGACCACCCUGCAGCAGGGACACUGUCAGCCCAGGACACAGAUCCUCAGCUGCGGAGCUGAGAAAAGAGGCCGCGCUCCUGGGGCCUCACACCUUCCUCCAGUACCUAAGAGCAGCGCCUGGGGCUCGCCUUCUCCACCCCGAGGUUACCCAGCCCUCAGGCUCCUUUGCCUCCUGAGACUCACCCUUGUGUAUUUAUUCUCAGCCCGCUGACCCCUUGCUCUAUGUCUGCGUGGGACCCUGACACGGUACUGCGGCGGCCCCUAGACCCGCCUGUCUUUCCUGCGUAGAUCCCGCGCUGAAAAUUGUUGAUAAGCCCCCUGCCUCCCCGGCCUCCCCCUGCGUGCCUUUUUCGCUUCAUUUUCUGGAAAAUAGUUUUUCUUCCCCACCUUCCCUCUUUGCCCGGCUUGUAUAAAUAUUUGAUCGCAUUAAAAAAUAAUAUUAAUACUUUAAAAA